CCCAGCUCCCCACCCCGGAGGACUGGGGAGCCUCUCACCGCCCCGGCCCGCCGCGUCCGGUCCCUCCGGCCUCCCGGAGAGCGCGCGGCGGGGAGCGGCCCGGCCAUGGCCGUGAGGAGGAGGGACUCGCUGUGGAAGUACUGCUGGGGAGUUCUGGUGGUUUUGUGCAGGACUGCCAUUUCCAGGUCGAUAGUUCUAGAGCCCAUCUAUUGGAAUUCCUCGAACUCCAAAUUUCUACCUGGACAAGGACUGGUACUCUACCCACAGAUAGGAGACAAAUUGGAUAUUAUUUGCCCCAAAGUGGACUCUAAAACUGUUGGCCAGUAUGAAUAUUACAAAGUUUAUAUGGUUGAUAAAGACCAAGCAGACAGAUGCACUGUUAAGAAGGAAAACACCCCCCUGCUGAACUGUGCCAGACCAGACCAGGAUGUGAAAUUCACCAUCAAGUUUCAAGAAUUCAGCCCAAACCUCUGGGGUCUAGAAUUUCAGAAGAACAAAGAUUACUACAUCAUAUCUACAUCCAAUGGGUCUUUGGAGGGCCUGGAUAACCAGGAGGGAGGGGUAUGCCAGACAAGAGCCAUGAAGAUCCUCAUGAAAGUUGGACAAGAUGCCAGUUCUGCUGGAUCGAGCAGGAAUAAUGAUCCGACGAGACGUCCAGAGCUAGAAGCUGGUACAAAUGGAAGAAGUUCAACGACAAGUCCCUUUGUGAAACCAAAUCCAGGUUCGAGCACCGACGGCAGCAGCGCCGGGCAUUCUGGGAGCAACCUCCUGGGUUCCGAAGUGGCCUUAUUCGCGGGGAUCGCGUCGGGGUGCAUCAUCUUCAUCGUCAUCAUCAUCACGCUGGUGGUGCUGCUGCUCAAGUACCGCCGGCGGCACCGCAAGCACUCGCCGCAGCACACGGCCACGCUGUCGCUCAGCACGCUGGCCACCCCGAAGCGCGGGGCCGCGGGCGGCGGCGGCGGCAGCAACGGCUCGGAGCCCAGUGACAUUAUCAUCCCGCUGAGGACUGCCGACAGCGUGUUCUGCCCGCACUACGAGAAGGUGAGCGGGGACUACGGGCACCCCGUGUACAUCGUGCAGGAGAUGCCCCCGCAGAGCCCCGCCAACAUCUACUACAAGGUCUGAGGCCCUCCCCCCUCCCCCACACACACACAACCGGGGCCGGAUUUCGUCGCCUCCCGCAGGGAACUGGCCUCGGCCUGGACUGGCACAGCCUCCCCCUCGCCCCGUCCCGCCCCCCCCGGCAGCGGCGGCCACAGCCAGCCGGGACGGCACACGGCGCCCCUCGAAGGCCCCCGGGGCUGGACGGCUUUCUCUAGCCGGCGGCGUCUCGGCCCCGGGCCAUCGCAGACCCUCCCCGGACACAAGCCGGACGGACACUGCUGGGAGAUGCGCUUGGGACGGAGCGCCCCACGCCCCUCCUCCA